GCGGCCCUUUUUUCAGCUCUUUGGUCAAUCUUUGAAGACGAAGUAGAUGGCUCAGGGGGUGGAGGUGAAGAAGCAGGUGACAAGCAGACAGAUGCAGACAGGCGAGGAGAUGGAGAUGGAGAGGGAGAGGGGUGGGGAGAUUGGACAGAAUCCGUACCAGGCACAGAGAAACUCUCCAUCAGCUUCACCACAUACCUUACAUGAUCCGAAGAAUGGGUCCAUUGCGGUGUUAUUCUGCUAGGUCCCUUGAACGGUCGAUUGGUACAUACAAAAAACGUAUCCGGUCUUCUCUUCAUCCUGGUAUUAAUGCUGGCAACAUUAUGGAAACCAAGGAAAUAUUUAAAUUCUUCAAUGCAUCCGGUAUUUUUGACUUCUCUGCGUUAACGGCAUCCCCUGACAGCAACGAGAAGAACUUCGAGCAGCAUCCUCAAGAUGCCACCUAUCCUCAACUCUGGUCCCCUUUUGAUGAUUCUUUUACUAAGGUUGGUGUGCUCUUGCAGAGUUCUUCGGAUGUCCUCAUUUGUGGUCUGUAUCGCACAAUCUCUUGGUGUCGUGCGUUGAUGGGUUGUAUGACAAGGCUGACUGGCAUGAGGCAACGAGUUGUAUUGCCGUUUCAUCAACAACAACACCUUCGAAUUUCGACAAGGUUAUUCCAUGAAAAUCAAGUCUACAUUUCGGAGUUGUACAAGAAGAAGAAUACAUCGUGCUCUCGUGGUGGUGAAUUCGUCAUGUUCGAAGCGAUACAUAAGAACAAGUAAGUAUAUGUUUUUGCUAUCGCCGUAUUGCAUUUAUUGACACUCUUCAAAUUUAGUCUAUUCGUGCCAGUUAAAAACUGGUUCGUUUGUAAGAUUCUGUUCUUUUUCCGUUUCCAAUUCUCCGCCAAUGAAUCAGGGUCCCAUUAUGUGUAUGGUGAAUUGGCAAAAACACAUGGCGUGUCUCCUAUCUCAAAGUCUAUCCCACGGAUUCAGCUCUUUGGUGAUAGCGAGCAAAAAUUCGUUGUAUUUGACGCCAGGGAUAUUGUAUCUUCUGUUGGAUUGCUGAAUUCCUCAGACAAUUCAGCAUACAAGUAUGUCAUCAAAACUGGUGAUGCGUUUGCGAAAGACAUGUCAAGUUCUGCCGGAAAGAUUGGGACUCUGGAGUAAAGAGCUAUUUUUUUUUCUUUUUUUUUUUGAAUGUAGUAAAGGCUUUUCAACAUCCGAAAAAAAAAAUUAUCGCUUCAUUGUGUCACACAAAAUAAC